AUGUCUUCAGCUGCUUCAGGAUCACAUGCAUCUGAACAUACUCAGGGACUCACUGAUUUAUCAGACACUGAGGUACCAGAGCCAGCAGGAUCUCCAGACUUUUACUCUGCAAAAACAUCUAUAGCAAGCACACCUACUACAGAUUAUUUUCCUGAAACUGAAGAAGAAUUGUACGAUGAUGAGCCUAGCGAUCUUCCCGCCAUUCCAAUAAAUUACAAUAGAGGUCGACGUGCGUCUGUGAGUGCCGAAUCAAUGGCACCAAGUAAAGACAAAGAUUACGUUAAAGUUAUUAUUCCAAAAACUGAUGAACAACGUCAGCGAAUAGAGGCAUCUAUUGCCAACAAUUUCUUGUUCAAAAACCUAGACGAAGAGCAGUACAAAGAUGUCAUCGAUGCUAUGGUAGAAAAAAGAGUUUCAAAAAAUGAAGAUGUUAUUAAACAAGGUGGCAUUGGUGACUUUUUCUAUGUGGUAGAAACUGGUACAUUUGAUGUAUACGUUUCUAAAAACGAGGAUGUUCCAGAACUUGUAAAUAAUUAUGAACCUGGUGGUAGUUUUGGAGAGUUAGCUCUUAUGUAUAAUGCCCCACGUGCUGCUACCAUUGUAGCGACAUCAGAUGCUGUUCUUUGGGCACUCGAUAGAAUAACUUUUAGAAGAAUUCUAAUGGAAAAUACUUCUCGAAAACGAAGAAUGUAUGAAUCUUUUCUUAGUGAAGUUACAAUUUUGGUUUCACUGGAACCCUACGAACGACAAAAAAUUGCAGAUGCUUUGGAAUCUUUAUAUUAUGAAGAUAAUGAAUUGGUAAUAAAACAAGGUGAUAUAGGCAAUAAUUUUUAUCUCAUAGAAUCUGGUGAAGCCCGAGUAACUAAAGUAGAUGAGAAUGGUAUUGAACAUGAAUUCCCUGGUUUGAAUAAAGGAGAUUACUUUGGAGAGCUCGCCUUACUUAAUAAUAGACCUCGUGCUGUAAAUAUUAGAGCCAAAGGUCGAUUAAAGGUUGCAACAUUAGGAAAAAAAGCAUUUGUUCGAUUGUUAGGACCAGUUGUUGAUAUUUUGAAACGAAAUAGUGAUAAUUAUGAGACAAUUACACGAAAUGUACAACAAGGGGAAAUAUCAUCAUUAAAACAAUAA